AUGGCGUAUAUUCAAACAGAAAAUGGCCAGAGAGUCAACAAGACAGACAGCACAGACAGCACAGACAGCACGGAGAAGACAGACAGCACAGACAGCACGGAGAAGACAGACAGCACAGACAGCACGGAGAAGACAGACAGCACAGACAGCACGGAGAAGACAGACAGCACAGACAGCACGGAGAGGACAGACAGCACAGACAGAACGGAGAGGACAGACAGCACAGACAGCACAGAUAUCGCAAACCUGUUGAGACAACCGCCACAUUGCGUUGAGUUAAAUCCUAAAACAUUAGGUCACAUCAAGCAAGAACGCCUUGGAGCUGAUCGUCCAUCUCGUGAAGAUGUCAAAAGUACAGAACCGCCAGAAUAUGCUGUCAAAAGUACAGAACCGCCAAAAUAUGCUGUCAAAAGAACGUCAGACAAUCAGAAUCUGCGGUUAAAAGUACAGAACAGACAAUCAGAAUAUGCUGUCAAAAUACAGAACAGACAAUCAGAAUAUGCUGUCAAAAGUACAGAACCGCCAGAAUAUGCUGUCAAAAGUACAGAACAGCCAAAAUAUGCUGUCAAAAGAACGUCAGAAUCAGAAUCUGCGGUUAAAAGUACAGAACAGACAAUCAGAAUAUGCUGUCAAAAGUACAGAAUAGACAAUCAGAAUAUGCUGUCAAAAGUACAGAAUAGACAAUCAGAAUAUGCUGUCAAAAGUACAGAAUAG